AUGGCUACUUUGUGUUUAAAUUUAGCUCUGUUGAGGAUAAAGAGAAUACUAGAAGAAGGAUCCUAUACAUUUAAUAGAAGACCAUUUGUUCUUAAGAAUUGGAGCCCUGAUUUCAAUAUCCAUAAUCAACCAAUGCGUAUUUUACUGUUAUGGAUUAUGUUUCCUAGGUUGUCACUUUACUUUUGGGAUGAUGAGAAUUUAGGACGGGUUGCCAGUUAUCUUGGUUGCUUGGAGACUAGAGUCAAACAAAAUAAAGCAAGCAGAGUAAAACAAAAGUUUGGCAGAGAUUGGGAAUUUGCUCCUAAUUACUCCUUUGCACCAAAUGGGAGGAUAUAUGUUGGAUGGAAGACUAUGAAUGUAGCAGUCAUGGUGCUCUCUUCAGCUACACAAUUUGUUUACUGUCUUGUGCAAGACAAACACUCAACCUUCCAGAGCCACAUCACCUUUAUAUAUGGGUUGCACACUGUUUCUAACAGAUACCCAUUGUGGGAUCAGCUGAGGGGAAUAAAUAGUGGUAUGAUUGGACCCUGGUUGAUACUUGGAUAUUUUAAUACAAUGCUUGGUAUGGAUAAUAUAAUCAAUGGUGCUCUUAUCCACAUAUUAGAAACAAUAGAUUUUCAACAAUGUGUUACAAAUAUUGGGGUGGGACAAGUUGAAAAGACUAGAUGUCAACAUAGCUGGUUCAACAAAAAGGGAGCAAAUAAGAGAAUCUAUAGCCUCAUAGAUUGUAUUUUUGGGAACCUUGAUUGGAUGUACAAUUACAUUGAUCUUAAAGCUGAGUACUUAUUACCCGACUGUUCUGAUCAUUCUGCAAUAUUAGUGAAUACUGAGGUGACAAGAAAAAGAUGCAACAAACCUUUUAGAUUAAUUACAUCAUUGAUUAAUCAAAAGGAAUACCAGCAAGCAAAACUUAAAGAUACACUUAGAACUAUCCAAGAAGGACUCAAUAAUGAUUAUUUCGAUCCCCAGUUGAUAGAAGAGGAGAAAAUCACUCUGUUGUUGCUGGAAAAAUGGGAAACCAUACAAGAAGCAAUGUCGAGGCAGAAGUCUAGAGCAGCAUGGAUAGCACAAGGAGAUUCAAACACAAAGUACUUUGAUGCUCACCUCAAGUACAGACAGGCAAAAAGCAGAAUAUCUUCUAUCUGCAAUGAUCAACAGAUUAAAAUCACUAAUCUAGAACUAUCGCAACAAGAAUUUGUAGUAUUCUUUACUAAGUUGUUAGAUGAAGCUACAACUGAACUGCCUACACUGAAUGUAAAUAUAAUUAUGGAUGGACCUUGCCUCAAUAUACUUCAACAGCAAGCAUUUUUGCAGCCAGUGACAAGUGAGAGGCUGAAACUGGUAGUUUACUAUUUAGUAGGGCCUUCACAAUCUGCUUUCAUUGAAGGUAGAAACAUUUUGGAUAAUGUCAUAAUUGCUCAUGAAUUGAUAAAAGGAUAUUCUUGGAAGUCUGUCUCUCCAAGGUGUAUGAUCAAGAUAGACAUAAAUAAAGCCUAUGACUCCAUUGAAUGGCCAUUUCUCAGGAUGGUGCUUACUGAGUUUGGGAUGCCUCACAAGCUGGUAUGUUUAAUUAUGGAGUGUUUCACCACUGUAAGUGACUCUUUGCUCCGCAAUGGCAGUCUCACCCCUAGAUUUCCAGCAAAGAAAGGCCUAAGGCAGGGUGAUCCUAUGUCACCUUGCUUAUCUGUAUUGGCCAUGGAAUACUUGAACAUGACACUGAAACAGCUCAAAUUGAACCCAAAUUUCAACUUCCACCCUAAGUGUGAACGGUUGGACCUAUUGCAUAUAUGUUUUGUAGAUGAUCUAUUAUUAUACUGCAGAGCUGACCAGAGUUCUUGA